GGCGGGGAUUGGCGCAGCGCGCGCCCCCUCCCCGGCCCCCGCGCGGUGGGAACUGGCAGCCCCGUCUAGCGCUGACGUCAGACCGUCUGCCUGCCUCCGACCGCGGUCUGGGAGCGAAACCCGAUCUCCUUGGACUUGAAUGAGGAGGAGGCGGCGGCGGCGGAGGCGCUCGGCUGGGGAAGCUAGCGGCGGAGGCUCAGCCCGGCGGCAGCGCGCGCCCCGCUGCCAGCCCAUUUUCCGGACGCCACCCGUGGGCACUGCCGACGCCCCACGGGCAGCCGAGGGGCGGUCGGGGGGCGCAGAGGAGCGAAGCCCGGCGCACUGAGCCCCGCGGCACCCCGGGAACUUGGCUGCGACCCGAGCCCGGAGAGCCGGGGCGCGCCUCCCCUGCCGCGCGCCUCCUGCAUGCGGGGCCGGAGCUCCGGGCGCCGGCCGGAGCCCCCCCCGGCCGUCCCCGCGCCCCCCGCAUCCCGUGCCGCGCCGCCGCGCCGUCCAUGCACCGCUUGAUGGGGUUCAACAGCACCGCCGCCGCCGCCGCCGGGCAGCCCAAUGUCUCCUGCACGUGCAACUGCAAACGCUCUUUGUUCCAGAGCAUGGAGAUCACGGAGCUGGAGUUCGUUCAGAUCAUCAUAAUCGUGGUGGUGAUGAUGGUGAUGGUGGUGGUGAUCACGUGUCUGCUGAGCCACUACAAGCUGUCUGCACGCUCCUUUAUCAGCCGACACGGCCAGGGCCGGAGGAGGGAAGAUGCCCUGUCCUCGGAAGGAUGCCUCUGGCCCUCCGAGAGCACGGUGUCAGGCAGCGGCAUCCCUGAGCCGCAGGUCUACACCCCGCCUCGGCCUGCCGACCGCCUGGCAGUGCCAGCCUUCGCCCAGCGUGACCGCCUCCACCGCUUCCAGCCCACGUACCCGUACCUGCAGCAUGAGAUCGACCUGCCACCCACCAUCUCACUGUCAGAUGGGGAGGAGCCCCCGCCCUACCAAGGCCCCUGCACCCUCCAGCUGCGGGACCCCGAGCAGCAGCUGGAGCUGAACCGUGAGUCCGUGCGUGCACCUCCGAACAGAACCAUCUUCGACAGUGACCUGAUGGAUAGUGCCAGGCUGGGCGGCCCCUGCCCCCCCAGCAGUAACUCGGGCAUCAGCACCACGUGCUACGGCAGCAGUGGGCGCAUGGAGGGGCCACCGCCCACCUACAGCGAGGUCAUCGGCCACUACCCCGGGUCCUCCUUCCAGCACCAGCAGAGCAGCGGGCCGCCCUCCUUACUGGAGGGUCCCCGGCUCCAACACACACACAUGGCCUCCCUGGAGAGCGCCGCCAUCUGGAGCAAAGAGAAGGAUAAACAGAAAGGACACCCUCUCUAGGAGUCGCGGGGGCCGGGCCGCAGCCACAGUGGGUGAAAAGGCAGAAUUCUCUGCACCUCCUAGAAGAGAGAGAGGAAGGCGGGUGACACACAGAACACGCCACGUGUGGCCGUCCCCUCCCACCUCUCUGUGUAUAAAUAUUUACAUGUGAUGUCUGGUCUGAAUGCACAAGCUAAGAAAGCUUGCAAAAAACCACGUUUCUUUGUUGAGCUGUGUCUUAAAGGCAGAAGAGAAAACCACAUUCUACGGUAGUCUUUUUUUUGUUGGUUUGUUUCUAGUUGAGCCGCGUGAGUGAAUGCUUAUUUUCUUUUGUUUAUGAUGAUUUCACUUAACUUUAAAGACAUAUUUGCACAAAACCUUUGUUUAAAGAUCUGCAAUAUUAUAUAUAUAAAUAUAUAUAAAAUAAGAGAAACCGUAUGUGCGAGGGCAGGAGUAUUUUUGUAUUAGAAGAGGCCUAUUAAAAAAAAAAUGUUGUUUUCUGAACUAGAAGAGGAAAAAAAUGGCAAUUUUUGAGUGCCAACUCAGAAAGUGUGUAUUACCUUGUAAAGAAAAAAAAUUACAAAGCAGGGGUUUAGAGUUAUUUAUAUAAAUGUUGAGAUUUUGCACUAUUUUUUAAUAUAAUUAUGUCAGUGCUUGUUUGAUGGAAACUCCUCUCGUGUCUGUUGAGACUUGAAGGGAGAAAUGUCGAGAUUUCGGAGUCGAUGUCAGGCAGAGGGUGAGCUCCCUGCUGCAGAGCGCGGAGGGAGGCUGGGCAGGGCGGGCUCUCCCGAGGGGCCACAUUCCCUGCAGCAUGGAUAUGUCUGUCUAGUGAUGGGUUAUCACCACGUCAUACAUUCCCUACAGGAGGAGACAGAUUUCCCCCCCGCCCCCCUGGGCGAGACAGGCUUUCAAUCACAAACAAAAUAGGAACAUUACCACAGAGGUACUGAGUUCCAGGUGGUGGUUUUGCCCUUUCCCAAAAUGAAAAUAAACUGUUACGGAAGGAAUCAGCUUUUCCUCUUAUUUUCAGCCACAAAGGUCCCCAUGGGGAGGAGCAGGGUGUCGCUCCUGAGCUGCAGCCGGUCCCUGCACAUGUUGCUGGGGACACCGAGGUGGCUGUUUGUGCAGGAUGCUUUCUUUGGUGGUGAUUCAGCUGCCUCCAGGACCUGCCAGCAAAGGCAGGCGCCGUCCACCAGCAUUGCGCGUAGGAAAGGCCUGGAGUGUUAGCAGGUUGACCUUGUCCCUGUUCCCCUAACCUAUGGAAUCACCCUCAGAGGCCAGGGACAGGCAGCCUGAGAUGAAAAGGCAGAAAGCCCAGGUUUCUCCCAGGACACUGGAAAGGAUUAAAAUGAGAAAAACAGUCAAACUGACAGGCUCGCGCUUCCUGCCUUAGGAGCAGAAUUCGUCACCCUCUCCUUUCCCACACAUUCGCUCCCUUCCCUCAUGGAAACAAUCAUUUUUGAUGUCUUUAUUUACCUGUGUUUUCAUAUGCGUCUUUCUUGGACUCAACUCUUGUUGACCAGGUGUUUCCGGAGUAGAUUUGGGGUUGAUGGGCCCCGUGCUGGGGGUGUGCAAGGUGACGAAGCAGGAAGUGGGGUGUAAGUGGAGAAGAUGGGGGGAGCAGGAGUGGGGUCCCUCCCACCACCACUCCCUUCAUUCCAUGGAGGCGUCUUCUCAUUUUCAGCAGAAUGCAAACUAGUAGACUAACAUAAAAGAAAGAUAUCACAGGCAAUAACUAUUGUGUGUAAGCCACUUUUUUAUUACUUGAAAACUGAAACCGAGGAUGGUUUUGAAGUUCUGACCAUUUGAACUUUAUUUAUGUAUGUUUUAAGAACAUGGCGGCCAAGAGGACGAGUGGUCUGAGUGCUGACUAGCAGCUAGAAAAGUUCUCAUCCCUUGGCAACAGCAGAACCUGUCACUCCAUGGGGUCUUCAGCCUAGAAUCUGCUUCUCUCUUGAAGAGGGUUUUUUUUUUUUUUAAAGAUCAUGCAGAGAAAUCAAUAUAGUUUGUCCUGCAAGGUACAGGGACACACUUCUAAAGAUAGUUUAAGUGUAUCUUUCCUUUAUGUGAUACGUCUCUAGUGCCUUACUGAGGAAGCAACGACCCUCUUGUCAUGGGGCGGGGAUCCCCGGACAGUGCCUCACAGACUCGGGACUGGCACCCCCUCCUGGGGGCCACAAAGGGUCUGCUGCUUUCCAGACACCCCGUUGCCCUCUCCUGCCUCGCCCUCCCUCCACCGCGGAUGUGCCUAGCUAGGUGAGCUGACCCUGCUGUUCCUCCAGCCUCCUUUGUCAAGGACUGUGUAUAACUCCCAUCCGGGUCAAAAACCUAGAAGUGGACCUCGUUUGUGUGUGUGGCAGCAGUCAAAAGCCAGGCUGAAGCAUUCCCCGUGUCCUCUUGAGCCAAACUGUUUGAGUCUUGUUUCGUGGGAUGGUCUGGAUUCACCAGGAGAGACAAGGAAGGAGAGGAGUGGGUGAUUGACCUCAAGCCAGCUAGAGGGCAGAGCGCGCACCUCCAUUCAAGCCAGUGUUGAAGUCCAGUGUCCCUGGGCUUCAUGCCCAGUGCAUGACAGUUGCAAAAGUUCAUGGGGGAGUGGCUUGUCAAAGGUAGGGUGCAUCCCAAGGAAAUCUACCAGAGCUAAGCUCUUGGCUUCUUUGCUGGACCCCAGAGCUCAGGGUGGGGUGGGGUGUGUGCCCUGUUUCCUCUAGAUGUUGGUUGUCGUGUUAUCCUUGAAAACCUUUGGACCACCCCUACGUAGCCCCCUUUUCCAGUAGGUAGUUAGGCGGGGUUCUCGGAAGUGGCUGGUUGGAGGGGGACCAGGUUGGUUUCAGGGAUCUGCUGUUCACCCUGGGUUCAGAGAAGGCAGGGGCAGCUUUUUCUGCCCUUUCCUUGUUCCCCGGCUUCUCGGUCACCACAUUUCCUCCAGAGGAGAAAUGUCAUCUUUCCUGCCAAGCCAGGUCUGCACGGACAAAAGCCCAGUGUUUUUGCAAAGAGUUAAAAGUGACCCCACGUGUAGCAAAAGCCGGGGCAGGGCAAGAACCAGAUCCAGUCCCUAUCUUUGAUCAUCCCUGUGAAUUGUACAUGUCAGAGAAGUGUUUUUUGUGCCUACGUGCAGCACGAAGCUUCCAGAACCAUAAAACAUCUCGAUGAUAAGAAAAGAAAAUCUUUUUUUCCAGAAACUGCGCUUGAAAUUUUGCUGUACUAUAGAGCUCAGAAGGACACACCCCGUUCUUCACUGCCUGCCUGAUUCCCUGUCUGUGCUGAUGACAAUGCUUUCCUGUUGCGUUGCUGGCGUGGGAGCCGCUCUCCUUUGCAGCCCUGUUCCCAAGUUCUGUUCACGUUCAUCUUAUGUAAGCUCUCUGUGGCACACUGGGUGUCGCACCCAUGACGCUGCUGUGUAAGACUCUGUAUCUGGAUGCCAAUCCACAGGCCUGAAGAAAUUGCUUGUUGUGUAUCAGUAAUCAUUAGUGGCAAUGAUGACAUUCUGAAAAGCUGCAAUACUUAAUACAAUAAAUUUUACAAUUCUUUGGAA